AUGCUUCUUUUGCAGGCUGAUGCUCCAAUAAAUAUCCGAUCUUUGUUAUACGUACCGUCGCAUAAUGUAUCACAGUUUGAGUUUGCUAGUACAGCUGACCAGUCCGGCGUCUCGCUGUAUGCAAGACGAGUCCUCAUUAAGGCGAACGCUAAGGAGCUCUUGCCACGGUAUUUACGCUUCUUGGUCGGUGUAGUUGAUUCAGAGGACAUCCCACUCAAUCUGAGCCGAGAGAUGCUUCAAAUGGACGCUGUGCUGAUGAAAUUACGCCGAAUUCUGACCGACAAAGUUGUCUCAUAUUUUGUGGGUGAAAUGAAAAAAGAUCGAAUCAAGUACAAAGAAUUUUACAACGGCUAUUCACUUUAUUUCAAGGAAGGAAUUUGUGCUGAAACAGAUCAGAAUAUCAAGGAGCAAAUUGGCUCUCUGUUGCUCUUCGAAUCUUCAGAUCUAAAAGCAGGAACGUUCACAAGUUUGAGUGAAUAUGUGGAUCGUAUGCAGAAGGAUCAAAAUGAGAUUUAUUACUUGUUUGCACCGAGGUUAGCACUUCCAUUACCCUGGUAUUUCUUCAUCUUUGGGUUUAUUUUUCUUUCAGAAGUAAGUUUAGUUUGUUAUUUCUAG